AUGGCUAAGUCUACCACAAAGGAGAGCAAGAAGGCCAAGUCUGAUGAGCCCACUACCCUCUUCGCCGGCAGCCUGUCCUGGUCUAUCGACGACAACGCCCUCUACGAGGCCUUCAAGCACAUUGAGGGUCUUGCCAACGCCCGUGUCAUGACUGAGAAGGGUACCGGCCGCAGCCGUGGCUUCGGUUACGUUGACUUCAACGAUGCCGCCUCUUGCACCAAGGCUUACGAGACCAUGAACGGUACCGAGCUUGAGGGUCGUGCCAUCAACCUUGACUACGCCAACGCUCGCCCUGCUGAGGCCAACCCUGCCGCCCGCGCUGCCGACCGUGCUCAGCGUCACGGUGACACCGUCAGCCCCGAGAGCGACACUCUCUUCGUCGGUAACCUUCCUUUCGACGUUGAUCAGGACAGCGUCCGCGCUUUCUUCGAGGAGGUCGCUGCUGUUGCCAGCGUUCGCCUUCCCACCGACCCUGACAGCGGUAACCUCAAGGGUUUCGGUUAUGUCAGCUUCAGCUCCGUUGAGGAUGCCAAGCAGGUCUUCGAGGCCAAGAACGGUGCCCCUAUCGGUAACGGACGCAUGUCCCGCGCCGUUCGCCUGGACUACGCCAGCAGCAAGCCCCAGCAGGGUGGUGGCGGCGGCGGCUUUGGCGGCGGUCGUGGUGGUGGCCGUGGUGGCGGUCGCGGUGGUUUCGGAGGACGUGGUGGUGGUCGCGGAGGUGGUGGCUUCGGCGGUCGAGGAGGUGGUGGUCGUGGUGGCCGCGGCGGUGGCCGUGGUGGCUUCGGCACCGGUGCUAACAGCACGCCUACUACCUUCUCUGGUUCUAAGAUCUCUUUCGAUUAA